ACAAUAUAUUGUAUGCCCUCUGUUUUUAUAACAAAUCAAUUUGUAUUUUGAGCGAGCUAAGACGUGUUAGCAAGGUAGGGUAACGUUACUUGUUAGCACCAGCGUGAGCAUUAAGCUAGCAGGUAGCUAGAGAGCUAACGCGAUUAGUUGCAUUAUUCUGCGAUACAACCUCGAGACAAGUCGGGACAAGACCAGUCUCAGGGCUCACCAUACUCAAUGAGCGGACAGCGCAAUGUCAGAGCGCUCUGGGCAAACUGCAAAGGGGAAGGAUGGCAAAUCAAAGUAUGCGUCUCUCAACCUGUUUGAUACAUACAAAGGAAAGAGCCUUGAAGCACAAAAGCCUGUUGUUCCCCCCCGCCAUGGCCUGCAGUCUCUUGGUAAAGUUGCCUCCGCGCGGCGCAUGCCCCCCCCUGCCAGCCUGCCCAGUCUGAAGGCGGAGAACAAAGGCAACGACCCCAACGUCUCGCUCGUUCCCAAAGACGGCACAGGAUGGGCAAGCAAGCAGGAACCAGCAGACCCAAAGAGUACCGAUGUAUUGUCAGCACCGCAGCUGGAGUCGCCGCAGCCUGUGGUUUCACAGACGCCUGCACCGACCCGCCCGAGAACCCCGCCAGCUCCAGAGGCCCCGCCUCCGGUUUCAGCCCCGGCUUCGGCCCAGGCCGCAGGGGCAAGGUCCUGGGCUCAGGCCAGUGUUACACAUGGAGCACAAGGAGAUGGUGGAAAGGGAUCAAGCCAACCGUCGCCAUUCUCUCGCGAGGAAUUUCCCACCCUGCAGGCGGCUGGCGAUCAGGACAAAGUUGGCAAAGAACAGGGCACUGCAGAUCAGUGGUAUGGGCCCGGACCAAGCCUCCGCCCACCAAACAUGACAAGCUGGCGGGAAGGUGGGGGCCACGCCCUGGCACCCACCGCAGAGGGGGUUGCAGAGGGUGGCCCGGGCGGGGCAAUGGAGGGGGAGGCCGGGAGUGGCCUGGCAGGCCCCCCUCUCCAGCAGCAGCAGAACCCCCAGUCCCAUGUGCCACCUAGGAACCCCCCCGCCGGCAGCCCUGGUCUGCCCCUACCCCAGCCUCCCGUGGGCCCAGGGUUCCCCCAGUACAGAGGAAUCAUGCCUCCAUUUAUGUACACUCCCUACCUGCCUUUCCCACCUCCCUACGGCCCCCAGGGGCCCUACAGGUACCCUCCACCCGGUGAGGCUCCGCCCCGGUUUCGCCAGCCGGGGGGUCCGGAUGGUCGUGGGCGUCCCCGGGGUGGCGGAGGUGAGAUGGUGAAGCGGCCGUCCAUCCUAAAGCAGGAUGACCUGAAGGAGCUGGAUGAACUGGACCACCAGGAUGGUGACGAAGGCUGGGCAGGGGCACACGAGGAGAUUGACUAUUCUGCCAAAUUGAAGUUCAGCGACGAUGAAGGCGAGGAAGAGGGAGAUGAGGAGAGGUGUGAGAGACCCGAAAGGAGUGAGAGCAAGAACGGCCCACGGGAGAUGCAGAGGUCUCAGGAAGGGCCCCCUCAGGUGGUCCCGCGCUCCCGAGCCUCUGACAGCGCUGGGGACAGGGACACCCGACGCACACCUCCCUCCAGCACCGACCACGACGGGCCCCCGCUCCCUUCCGGCAAGCCAGGAUGGGUCGAGGAGGGGGUUGCCAGCGGCUGGGGGGGCCAAGGAUCCCCCGCCACCUAUCAGGGGCGUAGGCCUGGACUGGGUGGCCCCCGGGAGCAGCCCUCCCCCCCACCAGGGUCUCUUCACCAGGGACAGGGGCCCUACUCCUACUACCGACAGGACCGAAACUCUCCUAAUCUGUCUGGCCCUGUGGUGGUCACUGGAAUGGGCGCUGUUUCCUUGGCCCCUGGAAAACCCGCCCCCUCCCCGCAGCUCCAGCAGCAGUCUACUUCCCCCGCUCCGGGAGGCCCGACUCCUCCCCCUCAGGCUGGCGGCCUGCUGGCCCCGCCCCCAGGUGAAGACGAGGACGAGACGUGGCGCCAGCGCAGGAAGCAGUCGUCCUCUGAGAUCUCGGCUGCCGUCGAACGGGCUCGCCGGCGCCGUGAGGAGGAGGAGAGAAGGAUGGAGGAGGAGCGUCGUGCAGCCUGUGCUGAGAAGCUGAAAAGACUGGACGAGAAGGCCCAGCAGCAGGGCAGUGGAAGCAGUGGAGGCUCAAAGCCCCCCAGCCUGGAUGGCAACUCCACCGUUGCCACAGCCGGGAGCCCCAGUCCCUCCCUGUCUGCGUCGGCCUCCUCCCCGAACAUCAGCCAGCCACCGUCCCCCUGUGUGGACCCCGAGGAGCCACCCCUGGCUCUCCUGGCUGCACAGGCUGCGACCAGUGACCUGGUGCCAGGGCCCAGUCCCACUGACAGACAGAGGGCCAAUAGCAACAGCAGCUAUGACUCUAAUACGGAGUCCCAGCUGUGUCCCCAGCCCCCUACUCCCCAGCUGCAGCUGCUCCCAGUGGAGGUCAUAGUGCCAGGGGAGAGUAAGGAGGAGGCCCUGGCUAGUGCUCACAUCCGCGGAGGAGGAAUGGCGGACCUAUCCAAGGUGGAGGGCAUGGGGGGUGGAGUCAGUCGCCAGGUCAGCGGCCCCCCUGGACAGGGCUACUCCAAGUACCAGAAGUCUCUGCCACCUCGCUUUCAGAGGCAGCAGCAGGAGCAGCUGAUGAAGCAGCAGCAGCAGUGGCAGCAGCAGCAGCACAGCCAGGCAGCCCAGCAGAGCCAACAGCAGGCCCCUCCCCCCGGGCCCCCCCCACAGACCCAGGGCCCAAAGCAGCAGUCAGCCGGGCCCCUGCAGUACCCGCCCCAGGGCUCCUUGGGCCGAGGGCCCCUGACCAUGAACUAUGACCCACGCUGGAUGAUGAUGCCCUACAUGGACCCUCGCAUGAUGCAGGCGGGCAUUCAGGGUCGCCCCCCGCCCAUGGACUACUAUUCUCCCAACAUGCAACACGCAGGGUUGAUGGGGCGAGAGCGUUCCGAUUCGGGGGGCUCUGGAUCAGACCCCUUUGACAGGCAGCAGCACUCAGGGCACCCCCACCGCGGGACGCCGCCCAUGGACCCCAAACUGGCCUGGGGUCCUGAGGUUUUCCCCACGGGCAGUGAGGGCAGGGAACUGAGCUCCCCUCUUAGACAGAAGCAGGCGCUGGAUGACGAUGAAAGCAGCGGCAAAGGACCUAGGAGUGACACCCCACCAGUCCGUGGCAUGCGAGAGGGGGGCCCAGGUCCCAUCCAGCAGCCCAACUCUGGGUCGGGCUCCUCGAACCAGACCCCACCUCCCGUGGGCACACAGCAAGGUGGCCAGGGCGGAGGCAGCCACCACCCCCACCACCACCAGCCCUACAUGGGUGGCCGUGGCAACUACAGCAACUUCCCCGACCAGGGAUCCCGCAUGGCCCCCCAUCAGCAGCAGCCGCAGCGUGGGAGCGGCUCCUUUGGCCACCAGGAUGAGAAUCACCGGGUGGGCCAGCAACAGGGCCAGAUCUGGGGUGCCCCCCCGCACCCCCACUACGACCGGAACGGGCGCGCCGACCUCUCGCCCUUGGAGAGUAACAACCCCACCCACCACCCUCAACAGCAUGGCCACCAACACCACGGCGCCCCCCACUACCCCUUCCAGCCCCACAUGCCCGAGAAUGGACGGGACAGAGGCGGCGACGCGCCCAAGAAGGGCGACCCUUCGCCCCCGCUGCAACAGCCGUCUCUCUCCUCGUCCUGCUCCUCGUCAUCAUCGUCGUCCAGAGAGGAUGGUGCCAGUAAGGCGCUCCAUCACCUGCCUCCUCAGCGCGAGGCGGACGCAGGGAGCGGACAGAGGGCGGAAGCGGGAAGCGGCCGGGAGCCAAAGCAGCAGGACAAAGGGGGACCAGGCCACCCUCCGGCGUCGGCGAUGUCUCUGCAACAGCGGCAGGUCCCGGAGCUACAGCACCACCGUGAACCCAAGUCAAACCAACGGGAGCGUGGCGGAAGGGACCACCCCACUGAUACCAAGUGGGGGCCACGGCCUGGAAGCAGCAACGCUCCGGGCCCCUCCUCACACAGCAGGAGGACAGCGGGUGGAAACGCGCGGGAGGAGCUGGCCAGUCACCCGGCAACAGCCGACCACAGCAAACCGGCUGGUGGGGGCCAAUCGAGUGGCGGAAAUGGCAAUAAGAGAGCCGGGCCAAUCAAGCGGCCCGUCUUGAAGGAGAUGAAGAGAGAGGGUGGGGAAGGGGAGGGGGUGGACAAGACCGGUGGGGGCGGCUCUGGGAAAGACGAGAGACAGGAUAGUGGACACUUGUCGGCCAAACAGGAAACGUCCUCCGGCCCUCAGACUUCCUCCGCUGUGCCUGGUGAAGACGAGUCGGCCCAGACCGGUCUCAAACCCAGGAACGGCGGCAAGGACCGAAUGGCAAAUGAACGUGGAGCUGGCAAGGGGCCAAAAGAUAUGGACAACCCCACCCCUUCUUCAGGGUACUCCGGCCCCCCUUCCAACAGGCGGGACAGAGAGCGCUCCUUUGAGGGUUGGGCGGGCGCAUCCUAUCACGCCGCCUCAGCCCGUGGCAACCGAGCCAGUCGAGGGCGCGGCGGUGAGUUCUAUGGCCGUGGCCGAGGUUACCGUGGCACCUACACGGGCACGGCUGGGGGCGCCAACGUUAGCCGUGGGAGGGCAACCGGUAGCAGGAGUAGCCGAGACUCCCGGUCUGGUGGAGGCUACCAGCAAGAAUUUAAUGAUGAGGGGGGAAGGCGUGGCCGAGGGGCGUUGCAUGCCAACCCGGGGCGUGCCCGCAACCGCAGUGAGACCCGCAGCGAGGGCUCUGAGUACGAGGAGGUCCCCAAGAGGAGGAGGCAGAGAGGGUCUGAGACAGGCAGCGAGAGUGCUGCCAGUGACCUAGCCCAGUCGGACAAAGAAGACCGCAAGCCCAGUGCCAAGAACGGCAGUGGACCCGAUAACCACAGUGGCAGCUCCGCUCCACCCAGAGGCUCCCAGGCCCGUGUGUUCACCCCCAGAGGCGUGCCCUCUAGAAGGGGCCGGGGGGGAGGGGGAGGUGCAGGAGCUCACAGGACGGCCUCCAGGGCCGAACCUCACGGCUGGGCCUCCAAGUCGUCGUCCGCUUCCUCAGUCCGAAAGCAGCAGGUCCCGGCACAGUCAUCUGCGCCCAAAGAUGCGGGCCGUGGAAUUGGAGGCGAGAAGAAGGAGAAGACUGUGGAUGGAAGCCAAAUUCAGAACCAGGGAGGGGCAAACCUUUCCCAGUCUACUCCGGCAGCACCUGCUUCAGGCCCUCAGGGCUGCCUGGAGAACGGGGGUGUAGGGACACAGCCGCCCACAGUUAACCCUGCCAACUCCGGCGGCCCCCUUCCGCUCCCCCUCUCUAGCUCGGACAGUCGAGGCUUCCCUCGCAUCCCCCGAGACGGCUUUGAGCGCCCCCCGAGACGCCGUCGCCAUGGGCGCUCUCAGCACCAGCAGGACAAGCCGCCACGCUUCCGCCGGCUGAAGGAGCGAGAGAACGCCGCCCGUAUCAACGGUGGUGUAGGGGUCAUUGGUGGAGGAAGACCAUCCUCACCCGGUCAGAUUGCUACUGACACUGCUCCCAGUGCUGCACUUACGACUGUGGCACCCAACCCUAACCACAACACGCCCAUUACCACCACCAACAACAGCAACAGUGCCGGCGGCCAUCUUGGAAGCUCUAACUCAAACAGCCACCACCACCAUCACUACAGCCAGGGCAACUCCCAGCAUCACCACAACCACAAUCCACCAGGGGGAGCCAAAUCCCCCGACUUCUCCAACCAGAACUCAGACCAAGCCAAUGAGGAGUGGGAGACCGCCUCCGAGAGCAGUGACUUCACUGAGUUCCGAGAGAGGGAUGGAGGAGGCAGGAAGACUUAUUCCUCCCAUCCUCAUCAUCACCCGCCAGGAAGAGGAGUUGGAGGAGGAGUGCCUGGUGAGCGAGAGAUGACUGCGAAGGAGCAGGCCGCAAACAAAAGAAGCUUUUCCAGCCAGCGUCCCGGCAUGGAACGUCAGAACAGGAGAGUCAACGCUGGAGGACGAGAGGGAGGAGGAGGAGGUGGGGGGGGUGGAGGAGGAAGAGGUCCGCGGGGCCCGCCUGGUGGGAGUGGAGGUGGAGCCAGCAACGGAGGGGGGAACCGCGGAGAGCGGCGCGGCAACUGGCCCUCCCCGAAAAACAGGAAGUGACGGAAGAUCUGGAAACAUUUCAAUGACCCCCCCUCCCCUUUGUUUCUGUCAUUCCUUCAGCCUCUUAUCUGUUCUUAUCCCUUAACAUAUUAGCACAUAAUCGUACAAUAAUUAGUUAUGGAGACAGUGUACACUCACGUUAGACCCAUCCCUUUUCUCCCACCGUCUGCUGUCCACUGUUUUUGUAACAUCACUCUGCUCCCUCAUCGUUUUCAGUUGCCCCCGGCACCCUUCCGAAUUCCACCCCACUGUAGAAUCAACAAACGCUUAUUCGUUCAGAACGCACGCCUCUUGACUGAAUACAUUUAAUAAAAACACGUUUCCAUUCACAAGCACAAUAGGACAUACAACAGAUACACAAUCCACGCAACGUAGCGUGCGUGUGGGUGGGUGUGUUGAUAAACACGGAUGAAUUGGCUAACCAGGAGAUGGCAGGUUUUUAUAUUUAUGUACCUGUGUAAUGUUUGUACCACGCUUUGGGCUGGGGUGGUAUUCAGUAGGGCAUCUGCGUUGUUUCCCCACAUGGGGGUGGGGGGGUGAUGCAGGUUCUUUUAACAAGAACAGUUUUGUUUUUUUUCUUCCCUUGUAUUUUUUUCUUUUUCUUGUUGCCUCAUUUGUGAGUUUUGCUUCAGCCUCCCUCCCUUAAAGAAGUUAGGGGUGUGUCUUUUUUCUUCUGCAAAGCAGGUCAUUAAAAUACCUUUUUAUACAACCCCCUCCCCUCCCUCUGAGUUUUUGAUCUCCUGAAAAACAAGUACAUCUCAUUAAAUACUGUGACAGCAACAGCAGACCCAUUGAAGUACUACUACUGCUCCACACAUCCACACUCUACUCACAUUGAUGUUGUCUUUAAUAUCAAUGUAUUUGCUGCUUGUUCAGAACUAGACAGUGUGUUUUUUGUUGACCUGCCCUGAUUUACUUUCCAUUGCUCUUUUGGUCCUGUAAAAAAGGCUUUCAGCCUCAACGUAGCAUUCUCUUAACAUGCUGCAACACAUUACAUGCACUGCAAAAUUACGUUUUUUGCGGAUUGUCUCUGGUUCAUGUUCAAGUUUGAUUAUCCUAAGACUGAAUUGAUGGCUUUGCUUUAUUUUACACCUGAAAAAAAUACAUUUGAUUUUCUGUGAAGGCAUUUUUUUUCUCAAGAUUCUUUCACAUGAAAUGUCUUGUCAGGGAAAAUGGGUUCAGUGAAAAUGCAAGUCAUUUUGCGAGAAGGAAGUGCAACGUUAUUUGCUGUUAUUUCAAUUUGUCUUCAUUUGUUGCUUCAUUAGAUACUUUAAAGCACUCCUAUAGUAUAAAGAGCUGGUUGGUGUAUUUUUAUUGAGCGAAGUUAUUACAUUAUGCAGCGGGUGUUGUACUAUGGUUCCAGAGUGCUAAAUUUGGCCAUUGGAGUAUUGUACUGCUAGAAUUUCUGUGCUGCUACUCAAUGCAGGAAGGAUCUCUACUCAAACAACUGCACUGUGCUGUAGGAGAGACCCCUGUAACAUUUAUGGCUAGCAAGAGCUCCAUUUUGAAGUAUCUUCAAAGCGUGCAUUGUUUCAAGAUGAUCUUUCCAAAACUUCAGUGACAAUUGGACUGAAUCCUGGACUAUAAUGGGAAGGGGCAACGGUGGCCUGUUGUCACUCCGGUGGUAUACCACAUUUCCGAAUGCAUUUGCAAGGUAUAAUACUAUUUCUUUCAAAGUGUUACAGGGAUCACAUGGAACUUCGAUGUACACUGACCGAUGUAUCACACAGCUCACAAAAUGACACACGGCUUGUUUAGAAAAUUGGAUGGGGCAGCAUUCAAGUUGAAAUAGAUAAAGUUCAAACUUUUAUUUUUAUCUGCAUUUUUCACUGCUGUAAGUUGGGGUUUGUUUGUUUACUGACAGCCACCAUUUUAAGAUUAGCUUUGGGAUGUUAUGAGUAGGGAGUUUGAGUGUAUAUGUGCACACUUGCCUGGUUUGCCCACACUUGGUUUUAGCAGCUAUAUAAGGACAUUUCUAGUUAUUUUUCUUCUGCAUUCAAGUAUAUACAUUCAAGUGUGUGUAUAUGUUUAUCCAAAUGAAGUACAUGCAAUGGAGAACUGUUUGUCAGUUCUUUUGGUGUGUUGACACUGAAAACCAUACUCUAAGGCAGGCAAAAUGGAGUGGGUAUAUUUUAUUUUUCACUCUGACUUCUAAGCAUGAUCACAUUCAUGGGUGCAGCUCGCCUUGCCUGUGAUAACAUCGGUAGCCAUACACUUACUACAGGCUCACGAGCCAUCCAUCCUUCCUUUACUCUUAGUAUUGAUGUGCUCAUUGUAUGUACCCAUGUUUAAAGAAUAAACAAUAGUGUAUUCCAGAAAUACUUAAAAGAUUGUACUAUAUUUCCAGCAUUACCGAGGUACCUGGAGUGGUUCAAGCAGUUCUAGCAUUUAUGGUUUAUUAAUGGAACCGUAAUAUACACACACGUAUGUAUAUUGGUAUGUAUCUUAAGUUUUUGUCUACCCCAACUUACAUUCCCACCAACAAAUGUUGCCAUUUCUUACGUUCAAGGGAGCAAUGUACAAGCAGAGAAGUGUCUUAUUAUAAUAAAAUUAUACAGAGAAAAGUUAAAUAAACUUUUGUUUUAAUGGAAA